AUGCUCCGUGCCGUCGCCCGCGGACCGGCGCCCCCCGCGGCGGAGCAGUUCGAUGCCCCCAACUUGGACGGACCCGCGGGCAGCACGACGACGCUCCCGAUCUUCCCGCUCGGUCUCGUGGCGCUUCCGUCGACGGUCACCCCUCUGCACAUCUUCGAGGCCAGGUACCGCGUGCUCUUCUCGACGCUGAUGGACGGCGCGGACGGCUUCGACAUCGAGGAGGGGCUCGUCAGCGAGGACUCCCCGUUCAAGGGCACGCGGACCUUCGGAAUGUGCCUUUCGAUGGGAAACGGCAGCAUGUGUGCUACGGGCACUAGCCUCUACAUCGAGACCCACAGCAAGCUCCCGGACGGCCGCAUGCUCAUCGAAAACACCGGCGGACGCCGCUUCCGCGUCAAGGACGUCCUCCAGGAGACGCCCGUGCUGGUGUGCGAGGUGGAGUGGAUCGACGAGCCGCAGCCGGAGCCGUUCGACCCCGAGGCGGAGGAGCUGAGUCAGGAGGUGCUGCAGACGCUGCGCUCCGUGCUGGACCUGAACUGCAAGCUGAACCAGGCGGCCAGCGACGUGAUGGACAAGCUGGAGCGCGAGGCUGCGGGCCGCGGGCCCGCGGAGGUGUCGUACCUCGCGGCGUCGAUGUUUGCCGAUGCGCCGGCGGAGCAGCAGCAGCUGCUGGAGAUGGACACGGCGAUCGAGCGGCUCACGCGCGAGCGGGAGCUGCUGCAGGAGGCGGAGCGGUUCUUGUCGGCACAGGUGGCGUUGAAGGGGGUGUUUGGAGAGGGCUCGGAGGACCCCAGCGAGAGCUCGGGCACGCGCCGGCGCAGCGGGGGCUCGGAGGAGGAGGCCUAG